UUGUUGCUGUUUUGUCGUCCAGCCCAAAGUGAGUGUGCAUGGAGGAAGUGUUUUUCAGUGUCAUCAGAGUUCAUUAACACAUUCUAGCAGGAGAUUCAGAUUGUUCACACUGCAUGGCAAAUUAGACACGGCAACCAAUCCCAGCCCUCCGACUCCCACCACACGUGUCCAAUCACAUGUACAGAACUGCAUGUUCGAGACAUGUGGUCAUGUGUACAUGUGUGUGCAAACAGACAUGUGAACAGGCAAAAAAAUAAUAAAAAAGUUUUUCUCUAUUGCUUUCAUAUCAACAGUCUUUUCGUUUUAUUGUCUCUUUGUGUCCUCAAAGACCUCUUUCACUUUCAAAGCAUCCCUCCUCUUCCCCUCACCUGCAGACUCCACUCCCACUUUGUCCUCUUUAUUCCCUCAGACGAGGAGGGGGGAAACGUCUUCUUCAUCAACCUUUAAAGUCCAGUUGCCCCAAAGAGCAGAAUCCUCCUCUCCCCCCUCUCCUGAUUUCCCUCUCUCUCUCCCAUUCCUCCCUUCAUCCAUUUGCUCCCUCUCUCCUCCUCCCCGACCACGUUCUGGACUCACUCCCGUCCCCCCCACCAGCUCACACACUCACGCAGCAUCCUCUCCUCACCACAACCCUACCUUCAAACUCACCUCCUCACGCCUCCCUCUCCGCUCCUCCAUCACCCACUAACGCACAUCAUCCUUCGCUCCUCUUUGUGUGUUGUCUCUCCCUUCUCCACCUCCUCUGAUCCCCCCCCCCUCUCAUUUUCUCACACUCAACCUUGCUUUCUUGCACAAGUGCGCUUACACACAGACUAAUGUUGAUUGGCACCCAAGGACAGAGCACCCUUUCCUUAAAGCCAGCAACCGGGCAGUUUCACUGCGUGGCCAGACUUCUUGACACUGAGCUCAGCUGAGGAAGAGGACCAGGAAGAAGACAUGGAGCACAGCCACAUCCCAUUUUUUUCCCAGAACAGGAGCACCUGGAGCACAGAGGGAUGCCCUCUUGGACCACUGCCGGUCAUUUACUACAGCCUCCUGCUCUGUCUGGGCCUGCCGGCUAACAUCCUGACUGUGGUAAUCCUGUCCCAGCUGGUGCUGCGUCGUCAGAAGUCCUCCUACAACUAUCUCCUGGCUCUGGCCGCCGCCGACAUUCUCGUUCUGCUUCUCAUCGUCUUUGUCGAUUUCAUAUUGGAGGAUUUUAUUUUAGCAACCCCGCUGCCGCCAUUCCUAAACAACGCAGUGCAAGUUCUGGAAUUCUCUUCCAUCCACACCUCCAUCUGGAUCACCGUACCGCUAACCAUUGAUCGCUACAUCGCUGUUUGCCACCCGCUUCGCUACAACACUGUCUCCUACCCAGCGCGAACACGCAAGGUCAUAUUUGCUGUGUACGUUGGGUGUUUGAUCUCUGCGGCUCCUUAUUAUUGGUGGCCUGAGCUGUGGCACAGCCUGACUACGGUUGGCAGUGAUAACGAAGGAGGAGGAGAGAGCAGCAGAAAAACAGUGGCCCAGCACAUCCUGGUGUGGGCUCAUUGUGCAACAGUCUACCUUAUCCCCUGCACCGUCUUCUUCUCCCUCAAUGCUGGCAUAGUCAGGAAGCUGCGCAGGCGGCGCAGCUGCUUCCGACUGCGUGGGUACUCCACUGGCAAAACCACUGCCAUCCUCCUCGCCAUAACCUCCAUCUUUGCUGUGCUGUGGGCUCCCCGCACCCUCAUGAUCCUUUACCAUUUCUAUUCCCCUCCCCCCGUCUCUCAAAGUGCCGGCCGUCUCCUUCAUGUCCUCACUGAUAUGGCCAACAUGCUGGCACUACUCAACACCGGCGUCAACUUCUUCCUGUACUGCUUCAUCAGCAAGCGUUUCCGAAGCAUGGCGGCGAACGUCCUGCGAGCCCUGAUACACUGCCGCAAACAACCAAAGCCAUUUUAUGCCAGCCACAACUUCUCCAUCACGAGCAGUCCCUGGAUUUCGCCGGCCAACUCUCACUGCAUCAAGAUGUUGGUGUACCAGUACGACAAAAAUGGGAAGCCCAUCUGCAUCUCGUCUUGAAUAUCCAAGCAGACGGCCUCAACCUGAAAGUUUAGAGAGCCCGGUCAGGCUUUGUCUCCGUGGCAACGAGCUGAAUCCACACGGGAGUCAUCGAGUCUUGAAAAUGUCACCAGGGCUAGAAAGUUACGGUGACAAUUCAACUAGCUUUGGCUAGCAAGGCGGAAGAUAAAUUAGCAGAUGCAUGACAGCAAUGGAGGAUGUUGAAUUCACAGAGGACAUUUCAUUUCUCCAUACAGAAAAAAAGAAAGCAUGUGCCAUAGGGUAGUCAAAAAAGAACCCAUCUUUUUGAGCUAACAUUGCAAAACCACAGGGAACCUUGAUAUUUACAAAUGCCUCCUGUUGCACACCAGUGAUGAAGAGUUUGAACAGUCAGACUGGAGACAUUUCCAGAGAGCAGAGCUUCAGUCUGACCACGAUACACACAACCUGAAAGUCAAAGCUACAAACAGUAUGUCUACAUCCAACAGUCUCAAGCAGCAGAUAACAGUUUCCAUGUUAACAUGCAGAGGAGUAUGUUAAAUGGAGCAUUUUUAAACUGAAACGCUUCACUUCCUGUGUGCAGUGAAGUCCCUCCACAAGCUGGUGCUCACCACGAAGGGCCAAGUCAUCCCACAUCAAAACAGACUGUUGCAAGGCGAGGACAACGCCGCUUUGAAUUCUCGGUCAAGUAUUUAUACAUAUUAGAACUGACUGUUAUUGUAGCUUUGCAAAAAAGAAAAAAAA